UUGGCUGAGCAGAAUGCUUUAGAGGAAAUCUUUCAUUGCAGUAGUUUUGUCUGUCAGUAUGAAGCGCUGCUGUUCUCAAGCAAUAGCCUAACAUGACCCGGUAAAUACUUCACAGAAAUUCACUGGAAAUCAGUGCUUUAUAGUUCUGGCUGACAUUAAUGAAAAGGCAAAGGUGCUGAUCAGCUGAAGAAGGAAACAUGAAGCUAGAGCUUCCAGAAACUUUUGAAGAUGUGGCUGUAACUUUUUCAGAUGAGGAAUGGGAACUCUUAAAUGCUCAGGAGAAAGAAUUGUACAAGGCGGUGAUGGAAGAGAAUUUUGAAAUGAUGACCUCUUUAGGUUACCAGAUUCCAGAGGAACAUCUUUUAGCCCUAUUUGCACUGGAUGGAGCGCUACCUUUUUACAUCACAAACAGAGAAGUAUUGCAACAGGUGGCACUUUAUAAUGAAGAAAGUCAGAAGAAUAGACAUUCAGGUUAUCAAAUUCCAAAUGAAUACCCACUACCACUAUUUGAGCUGGAUGAGGAAGUCAAUGCCAGUAUCAAACCCAAGGAAGAAAAAAAGGAGCAAUUGGAUCCGUAUGAAUAUAAGGAACCGACCACGGAAGCUGUGGUAUUUGGACAAGAGUUCAAAUCUGAACUGGUUGUAGAGAAGCAGUCAAGCAGGCAAGAAAGAACAUCUGAAUACGGCACACAUGGAAACAUUUUACCAGAUCUUAUCAAUUUCGAUAAGUACAAUAUCUUUAAAGAGUAUCAGUGGAUUCAUGACUCAAAAAGAGUCCAUCUGUCUCACAUGACACAAAACCUUUUUCAGCAAAGCAUUUGGUUCAGGGCUUUCAGCCAGCCUGCAAAUCUUUCAGUAUUUCAAGACAUCCACAACAAUGAAAACUACUUUUACAAUGAUGAGAAGUAUUUUCAUUGUGUUCAUUGUGACAAAUGUUUUGCAAGUUACUUAAAUCUAGCCCAGCAUGAACUAAUCCAUACCAAUAUUUUCUCUGCAAAGUUUCCAAAAUGGAGACAGGAUUUUCAAAGAAAACUAGAUUUAAGUCCAAACCAUCUGAAACACACAAAUGCUAAGACUUUCAGACCUGUGGACAAUCAAAACGCUCUUGCAGUGAAAUCAAAUAUUACUGUACACCAGCAAAGUCAAUUAGUAAAAAAACAGAUUAGAUUUCUGGACGUUAUCAAAACAGAAGAAACAUCUAAAUCAAGAGUGCAAGAAUAUAAGGUGAUUCAGAUAGAUAAAAAUCAGUUUAAAUGUACUUACUGUGGAAAGAGCUUUCAGAGCAAAUCAAAUGCUGUGAGGCAUCAACAGAUUCACACAGGACUGAAACCAUUUCCUUGCCCAGAAUGUGGGAGGAGAUUUGCAUGUAAAUCAAACAUGAUAAGGCAUCGGCAGUGUCACACAAGAGAGAAACCUUUUAUGUGUCCUCAGUGUGGCAAUUGUUUUAGAUGUAAAUCAACGUUAAUUCAGCAUCAGAGAAUUCAUACGGGAGAAAAGCCUUUUCAAUGUGCAGACUGCGGGAGAUGUUUCACAUGUCGUUCAAAUAUGAUUCGGCAUCGAAAACGUCACACGAAAGAAAAAACGGUUAACUGUACUGAAUGUGGAAGUACAUUCAAAUGUAAAUCAAUUCUUGACAUACAUAUGCGAAUUCACACUGGAGCUAAACUGUUUCCAUGCACAAACUGUGAAAAGAGUUUCACAUGUAAAGCAAAUUUGAUCAGGCACCAGAAAAGUCAUACAAGACAGACAUAUUUCAUAUGUUCUGAUUGCGGAAAUUCCUUCAAUUGUAAAUCAACUCUGGAGCGACAUCAGCUAAUUCAUACUAGAAUAAGACCAUAUAAGUGUACAGAAUGUGUUAAAUGUUUUACACAGCUGUCUAAGCUCCAGUCACAUAUGCGGAGCCACACUGGUGAGAGACCAUAUGAAUGCUCUGAAUGUGGAAGAUGUUUUACACAGUUGUCAAACCUCAGGACUCACCAGCAUAAUCAUGCUAGAAUAAAACAAUUUAGGACUACAGCUGAGAAAGUAAAAUAUAAAUGGCACGAGCAGUAUUCUGUAUAUCAGUUAUCUGACUUAUUAGAGAAUCCUUUUAAAUGUACUGAGUGUGGCAAGCAUUUCAAAACCAAAUCGAAUGCUGUCAGACACCAACAAAUACAUACAGGAAUUAGACCUUUUCAUUGUGCAUAUUGUGAAAGAAGCUUCACUAGUAAAUCCAAUGCAAUACGGCAUCAACAGAUUCACACUGGAGAGAAACCUUUUACAUGUGAGGUAUGUGGCAAUUCUUUCAGAUGUAAAUCUACUCUUGCACAGCACCAUCGAAUUCAUACAGGUGAUAAACCUUUUCAGUGUACAGAAUGUGGGAAGAAUUUCACUUGUAAAUCUAAUAUGAUUCGGCAUCAAAAGAGUCACACAAGACAGAGGCCUUAUGAAUGUCAGGAAUGUGGGGGGGGUUUCAGAUGUAAAGCAACUCUUGUUCAGCACCAAAGAAUUCAUACUGGAGAUAAACCUUUUCAGUGUACAGACUGUGGAAAAAGCUUCACAUGUAGAUCAAAUAUGAUUCGGCACAAGCAGUGUCACACAAGAGAGACUCCCUUUGCAUGUACAGAUUGUGGGAGUUCUUUUAAGGGUAAAGCAGCAUUGGCUCAGCACCAGAGAAUUCACACAGGAGAUAAACCUUUCCAAUGUCCAGAAUGUCAGAAAGGUUUUGCUUGUAGAUCUAAUAUGAUUCGACAUCGGAAAUGUCACUCAAGAGAAAAUCCUUUCAGAUGUCUUAAAUGUGGCAGCGCCUUCAGGAGUAGACUGAGACUAGUCCAGCAUCAGCAGCAUCACUGUGGGAUACGUUUAUUAAAUUUCAAGCCAUUUAUACAAAACAUGACCACUACAAAGAUAAGAAAAACAAAUAUAUCUCCAGAAUCAGAAAACUAAAAAGAGGAUGCCAGUGCUUAUACAUAUACUUAUAAGCACUACCUAUUACAGAAAGAUACUCUAUAAACAUUGCUGUUUAAGAAGUCUCUUAUGAAUAAACAAGGUGAACAAGAUGGAAUUAUUUGACAUCAGUAGUUAUCUCAGGUGACAACAUGAAUGAAAAUAGGCAGUAAUGUGAUUAGGUGGCAUACAAAGUCAUUAUUUUUCUAGCAAGGCUGGCAAAGGUAUAAAGAGGUUUACCCAUCAAGACUUGAUACAGUGUACAAAAAAAUACUAUUUCAAGCAGUAAUCUAAAAAAAAAUUAAGCCAAAUUAGAAAGCAAGGGUGACAGCAACGGCAAGAAAAAAGAAGGUACUAAUAAAUGGUAAAGCAUGACAGAUUGUAUCAAUAGUAGAUUUUACAUUUAUGAAGUAAAAACCAAUACCAAAGGGCUGUGGCUGACUAAGUUUGCAGAUGACAAGCUAGGCACAGUCAUAUAAUCCCCAGUAAAACAGUAUGGUGUAUAUGAUUUAAGUCCAGACUAAAGAAAUGCUAUUCAGGUAGCACUAAUGACCGUGUUAGAAUAGUAUAAAGCAGCAAAGAGUAACAGAAGGACAAGAUGACAGCACAGACUACUGAAUGUGAAGCAAAGAGUGAUGGAGGAGGUUAUGGGAUAGAAACUAGAGAAGCAGAGUGAAGACCCUGUAAAAGUAUUAUAUGUGUUGACCUGUCCGGUGAGAAGUUAAUUCCUUGGUGCUCACAAACACGCACAUAAACUAAGUACAGAGAUCCUUAGCAUGUAGUGGAGGAGCUGCCAAAAUGUAACCUGUGUAGUAUUAUUUCCAUCAUCCUUAGUUGCUUGCCAGCAAUCACAGGAGCUAAGUACAAAGCUUAUUAGCACAUAGUGUAAGGGUCACCAUAAUGUAACCUGUGUGAUAUCAUUUCCAUCAUCCUUGCUGACCAUAGACAUUACAUUAAGAAUAGGUAAAUUCUGUGUGGCAGAAGAAAUGCACCUUAUUAUCAGAAUUCCUGCCAAGGUCCUCUUACAUUAACAUUGCCCAAUAAAGAUAUUUAUUUAAAAGAAAAUACUCCCAAAAGAGGGAAAACUAUAACAUAAAUACAAAAGAAAAUAAAAACGCCACGACAGUCAUGCAACCACAAUCAAUGA